CCACAAGGCUUCUCUCAUUCCUGAUGCCACCUUAAUUAGCCGCCUGCCCCCCCUAAUCCUCCAGUUUGUACGGCGGUUAUCCGGCUCGUCGUCGGUGACCGGCGGCGGCGGCGGAGCGAUGAUGGCGUCGGAGCCGGUGGCGCGGGCGGUGGCGGAGGAGGUGGGGCGGUGGGGGAGCAUGAAGCAGACGGGGGUGAGCCUGCGGUACAUGAUGGAGUUCGGGUCCGUCCCCACGGACCGCAACCUGCUGCUCUCCGCCCAGUUCCUGCACAAGGAGCUCCCCAUCCGCAUCGCCCGCCGCGCGCUCGACCUCGAGUCCCUCCCCUUCGGCCUCUCCGCCAAGCCCGCCAUCCUCAAGGUGAGGGACUGGUACUUGGACUCGUUCCGCGACAUCCGAUAUUUCCCAGAAGUGAGGAACCGGGACGACGAGCUUGCUUUCACGCAGAUGAUUAAGAUGAUCAAAGUGCGGCACAAUAACGUGGUGCCUACUAUGGCUUUGGGAGUGCAACAGCUGAAAAACGAACAGUUCAGCUCAAGGAAGCUUCCCCCAGGAUUCGACGAGAUCCAUGAGUUCCUCGAUCGAUUUUACAUGUCAAGGAUUGGUAUUCGCAUGCUCAUAGGGCAGCAUGUGGCUCUGCAUGAUCCUGAACCAGAGCCUGGCGUCAUAGGCCUCAUCAAUACAAAAUUGUCCCCCAUACAGGUAGCUCAAAUUGCUAGCGAGGAUGCCCGUUCCAUUUGUAUGAGGGAAUACGGAUCAGCUCCUGACAUCAACAUUUAUGGAGAUCGAAAUUUUACAUUUCCAUACGUCGCAUCGCAUCUUCAUCUCAUGCUGUUUGAACUGGUGAAAAAUUCCCUUCGUGCAGUACAGGAAAGAUAUAUGGAUUCUGAUAAAGAUGUUCCUCCUGUCAGAAUUAUAGUUGCUGAUGGAACAGAGGAUGUUACUAUUAAGGUCAGUGAUGAAGGUGGUGGAAUACGGAGAAGUGGGCUCCCUAGAAUUUUCACAUAUCUUUACAGCACUGCAAAAAAUCUACCUGAUAUAGAGGGCCCUAGUGAAGGAGUAACUAUGGCUGGAUAUGGUUUUGGACUUCCAGUUAGUCGCCUUUAUGCGCAAUAUUUCGGUGGCGACCUACAAAUCAUAUCCAUGGAGGGAUACGGCACCGAUGCUUACCUCCACUUGUCACGGCUGGGAGACUCAGAGGAGCCAUUGCCUUAAUGGCCCCUCCUGUUCUGAUACAAUUUCUGUAAUUAGGCUGCUCUUGCUUCUUGUAAUCCCUGUGCUGGUUUGCAAAUAUUGUUUCAAGGGCCAGCCAUAUAUAGCUGUUAAACCUCAAUCUUCUAGCUAUAAUGUUCUCACAUUUUACGCUUUUC